CAUGAGGUUUCUUGCAGACCCCAGGUCAGGUGUUUUGGUGAAAGGAAGGAACAUGGUCCCAACAGCACUGUAAAGACUCAAUCAAGUAGUGAAUGCGGGCGUCUACAUCACCGUUUUAAAACGGAUACGUUUACGCACGUCCACACUAGGACUUAACCCCGGAGCUUUCAAACUUAUCCAUUCUCGGGAGUAUUUUUAAACACAUUUGUUUUCGGUGCACUAAAACUCGGGCGUAGUGUGGACGUUCAGUGUAAACUUGGCAAAACGUAUGCGUUAUAAAAAUGGAAUUGUGUGGACAUGGCCUUAGUCUUAGCUCAUCCUUGACCAACUUACUCUGAGAGGCCUUUGGGGAUACAAUGGAUUCAUGAAUACUAGGGAGGACAUCAUCAAGCUAUUAUAACCUAGUGUCUGUUAGCCAUAGUUUAAAGUAAGUUUUGUGUGCUUCAAGCCAUUACCACAGACUUUCAUUUUGUGGGCAAAAGCGGUAGUGUUUAAGAGCACCAGCGUCCCUUUUCAAAACCUCUCAUUUUACUGCAGCAGGGUCUGACAGUCUGCUCAGCACAGUUCUGGUUCUGGUUCUCUCCACACCUCCCUUCCCUUCAGCGGGCCCAGGGAAGCUCUGCUCCUAGCUGCAGGAGGAGGAGCUGCUGCUGAAGCAGUUUCUGGUGAACCUGAGAGAACCGGACCCUGGUGGCACCAAUAACAAGCAUUAAGAUUUAACUAUAUGGAAAUAGCCAAUCUUCUCGGCGAUGGUCUUGUUUACUGAUGGAGGUCAUACAGAUGCAUAUGUGUAUUGCAUUGAGUUUUAUAACCAGGUAAAAGUUCAUACAAAUAACUUUAAUCUACAGGAUGGCACAGAAAUGAAGGAGUUGUUGUGUGUUUACGUGAUGUCCGCUGUUCUGUGUGCCAGAAACGCCAUCGCUCCAGCGACUCCACGGCGUCCGGUCGAGACCGAAGCUACAGCACUGACUCGGCCGACAUGCUGCCCAGCCGUCUGAAAGAAGAGCCUUGGCUGCUGGAGAUUUCUAGCACCUUCCUCCAGCAGUACGUCCAGUACCUGCAGAGCAUGGGCUUCAUUCUCGUGCAGGUCCGACCUCAGUCUCCAGCUCGCAGCAUCGCCAGGGCUCGUGCUGCCAUGCUGAGCUCCAUGUCAUCGGAAGGGAGGAUGUCUUUUUCUUAUGUAAAGCAGAAGAGCGAGGACAGCCCUAAGAUUGCAGCAUCGGGCACCACCGCGUAUCACCUCCAGAGGGCGCUGCCAGGGGGCAUCGUGUUGAUGGAACUGGCUUUUCAGGGGUGUUACUUCUGUGUGAAGCAGUAUGCACUGGAGUGUUCCCGGAUCCCCAUGGGCCAGACAGUCAACUCCCAGGGCAGCCUCCUCACCAAACCUCGUUGCAAGCCGUUUCCAGAUGCCAGCCCAGUAUCUGACUGUGCGCUCUCCAUGCUCUUCACCGAGGAGUGCGACAAGGUGCGGGACCUGAUGCACGUUCACUCCUUCAGCUACGACUUCCACCUGCGAGUGGUCCACCAGUACCUGGUCGGCUGCCACAUGACGCUGCGCCAGGGCUACCAGCUCACCGACUUCCUGGACGACUUCAUCUCCCAUCACCCAGACAUUCCCAAGUUUGGCCGCAACCACGUCUUCCAAGGGAGCUUCUCCAUCUCCACGGGGAUGAUAACAGCUCAUCAGCUCUACAACUACAUCACUGACCACGCCAGCACCUACGGCAUGAAACCGCUCCGCAUGUCCAAGGCUGCCGUCGCCACAGACAACAAGAAAGGGACGCCUGACCUGCACGAGUAUGCACUAGUGGCUCUGUGGAACAGCUCGGGUUCCUACAAGGAUCUGGAGGGCCUGCACCACCAUGAUGACUUUGACGUGUCCCUGGUGGUGUGCCACAAUGCUGCUCCAUUUGAAGAACAGUCGGAUGGGGAGAGGCAUCUGUUGAGGUUGCGGUUCUAUGUGAUCAUGACCAGUCAGAGGGAGCUCUUCCCCCGCCUCACUGCUGACAUGCGCCGUUUCAAGAAGCUUCCUCAGAUCCACCGUGAUCCCGGUGAGCUGAGCGGCCGGCUCCCCCCCGAUCGGGCAGAGGCCUGCGGGUCGCGCGGUGCAGAGCAGGACCUCUGGGAGGAAACGUCGUCCGAAGCCGCAGCCUCCUUGGCUCCGAGCGACGGCAAUGAGUUUUACCCUCUGGCGGGUGGCGGACAAGAGACUCGAGGGCUGCUCUACUCCUCCCCUCUGUUCCCCCUGCUCAACAACGAGGUGCUGUCGGCCCGCAGACAGAUCCAGGCCAGCGUGGAGCAGGCCAUGGGUCACUGCCGCAGGGACAACCUGUGGAGGAGGCUGUUCCACGGGGAGCACCUGGCCCUGGACAAACUGAAGCUGACGAAGCUGUCGUUCAGCGAGCUGGAGGAGCUGCUGGAGGCUGUGCAGAGCCGCUCGGUGGGGGAGAUCGACCCACAACUGGACUGCUUCCUGACCAUGAGUCCAGCCUGGUACCAGAGCCUGAUCAAAGUCCUGCUGAACCGCUUCCCUCAGAGCUGCAGACACUUUGACGACAACGGCAUCCAGUACCUGGCUGUUCUGAACCAGAAGUUCACUGAUUGCUUUGUUUUGGUCUUUCUGGACGCCCAGGCUGGAAAAACAAGCCUAAAGGUCGUGUUUCGGGAGCCGCUGCCAUCGCAGCAGCCGGCCGGCAGCAGCCCUCCUCCCCAGCUGGUGUCAAUGUACCACCACCUGGAGUCAGUCAUCAACACCGCCUGCUAUAACCUCUGGACGGGUCUGCUGUAGAGCAGAGCUGGACUUACCUCAACUCGUAUCCACAUGAUCUUGACCGACGUAUGGAAACAGGAAGCAGCAGUCUGUAGAGUUUUUGGAUCGAGGUCAUGUGGGGAAAAUCCUCUGUGGCAGUAUGUUCUCCCAGCAGCUCCACUCAGUGCUACAUUAAGAGCAGCAUCAGACAGGACAGGACGCUACUGUGUUAAUGUCAGUGCCAACGUCAAAAACCUAAACCAAGAACCAAACCACUGGAGAAAACCUGAUUCACACUAGAGCCUCCUAACUGGUGGGUUUAAACCUCCAUCAGCUCGUUCACUAUCGGCCUAAUCCUCUGAUAUACUUGCUUUUAACUACGCAUUCAAGUGUGUGUGAUGCCCCCCCCCGUGUGUACUGUGUUCCUGUGAUGAAGUCCAUGCUACCGUCCACAAUACGGAAUGAAACCCAUGAAGGACAGUGGCAGUAUAUGUGUUUGCACGUUAAAGGGACAGUGUGUAGGAUUUGAUGGCAUCUAGCCAUGUGGUUGCAGAUUGCAACCAGCUGAAUAUGCCUCCGCUCCUCUUUUCUCCAAGACUGCGGUAACGUGAGCCGAAGUGUGCAAAACCGUGGUAACGCAACCGGCCUCACUCAGAGGCCAUCCAUACCAUAAUACUACUACUUAAGGAGCAACGGAAGUCAGACGGCUAAUGUUAGCGCAGUUUCACGAGUGUGUCAGAGAACUACGGUGGCCUUCAGGUAACCAAAAACAUGAAAGUCUCUCUCUAGAGUCGGUGUUUGCUUUGUCCGUUCUGGGCUCCUGUAGAAACAUGACGCUGCAACAUGAAGGACUCAUUGAGAUAACACAGUCACAAACAUUCUUAGUUCAGGUGAUACAUAGUUAUCAAUAUUAUAUUCCAUUUCUGCUAAUAGAUCCUGCAAAAUGCUCCACACUGGCCCUUUAAGUUAUUGAUGACCAGAUGGAAUAAGUGAAGAUAUUCCAGUGUCAGCUGACGAUGAUCUCUACUCUGAUCUGCUUCAGUGGAUACACCUUUAAAUCCUCAAUGCCUCUCACGAUGCAGCUGGGAGUUAAGUGCACGCUUUGUUAACAAGCAAGUACAUCAAAGGUGUAGAGUUCUUCUAGUGCACAUAGUGAGUGCAUGCUAACUAGGUGGGGGAGGGGGACACCUCUGCUAACUUCAGAAGAAAUGGAUUCACAUUUAUAAUAUAGACAAAAUAUAAAGCUUUGAGCAAAGUUAGCAGAACGUUUGGUGGACAAGUUGUGUUAACUCACACUGCGCGUUGUAAUCAGCGACUACAACCUGCGGCUUCUACGUUCACACAGUACGGAUGAGCUGAGCGGCCCGCGGCCUGGAGCUCACUGAACGUUAGCACACAGUUCUCAUUUGGUUUUAUCCAUCGACGUUCUCAAUAACGUUCAUUCAAAGGAGACCUCCAGCCUGAAACUGCACGUCCCAUGACGAACCCAUCUGUCACAAAUACGGGCCGAUUAGAAAACGAGUCGCAGCUCAUGUUAUGAAACUCUCGUAGCAGUUUGAUUUGGACCUGCAACUGAGAGGGUCCACUGUGUGUGGACCCGGACACCCUGUUGGGUCGGGUCCUCGGGGUUGUCAGGGAAGAGGUUCGUCUGAAGACCUCGAGCGCAGAACCUUUUCACUGAUUGGCUCUAAAAGUGGUAAAGUAGAUGAGAUGGGUUUACGUCUUCGACCACGUCCUGGAGUCCUGAGCUCCGACACAUUGUGACGCCGUGACUGUGAAGGAACCCUUUGGGUCUUUGCCAGAAGAGAAGACACAGAGAACUACCCUAAAUGUAUAUCAGCAGUUUAGAUUUACUGAUUGUGAUGCUUCAUGCCAAAACAUAACGCAAGACAAGUCGUUUGCACCCAACAAUGAACUCUUCUGCACAAGUGUCAUACUCCACAGCUUGGUUCAUUAUCUGGGAUCGUGUGCCUUCUCGUAGCAUCCUGCUAGCUCUUCAGUGUUUGAUGCGAGUGAGACAGCUGGGACGUCAGAGUAGGAUGGCUUUAAUGUUCCAUUUUCAAAAGUGUCAAACCUCUUCCUCCACUUGAACGCCACUGCCAUAUCUUGUGCCCUGAAGUGCCUUUCUCCUUUUUUAUUUUUAUUCCCAAACCUCUGAAGCGACGCUGUUGUAACAUCAGCUCUGCAUAGAAGAUCUCUGUGAACAUACUCCUGAUGUUCUGCGCUGAAAGUGCCUGAGUCGGUUUUUGCAGAAACAGGAGGAAAAUGUGUCAAAUGAACUGCUGAUUUGUAUAAUAGCAUGCCACACGUCAUCAGAGCCCAAUGGUCCCAAGCACGUUCGGGGCGAUGAGUUUGAGGCCGUGUUGUAUAUUGUGGAAGGGUGCUGGCUGGUAACCACACCCCAAUUCACAAGAGGGCACGAAGCCAGCCUACAGUAUUGUGAGCACAGGCCCCUCAUUAAUGACGUACUCGGCAGCUUUGGAUUUCUACACAUUUUCUGGAAGGAAAGCAAAUGUUUGAGCUCAGUUGUGGACGUGAAGCAGCGAGACUUCAGUCUGAAUGUUAAACACUGGAUAUUCAUCAUGUGAACUGUCAGGAGUUAGCCCUCAGCAUUGUGACUCCAAUACAAACACUGCACUGUCUGACUGUAUCAUGUAUAUGAUGUACAUACAGAACUCUUUAUACAGGAUGUGAAAUGCUCAAUAAAGCAGCAGGAUGAAUGAGAA